AUGAAGGUAAAUAAACAACCUUUCUUUCCAGAGCUCUCGCUAAGGCGAUCGCACAAACCAGAUCACUGCAAACAUCCUAAGGUGGUCUUCUCGUUUAAUUGCCCGCAGAUGGAGAUCGAAAAAGCUGUCGAGCGAAACAAGCGACUGGCGCGCGAGUUGCGCGACAUCGAGAAAGAGGUUGAGCGCGCGAAAAAGAAAGAGGAGCGCGCGAAAUUGCAGAGGCUCGACAGAGAGGCGGACGAGAUGAGGAAGCAGAUCGCGAAACACAGGGCGACGCUGCAAAGAAUCAGGGCGGAGGAAGAAAAAUCGCCAAGAGAGAAAGAUCGAAAAAAGAGCGAGAACCGAAACCGCAGUAGGGAGAAGACGCCGCGUGAAAAAGUGAAGCGGGAACGAACGGGAAAGAAGGAGGCGCGCGCCGUUGCGGCGAUAAUGAGCGACGAUCCUUCGGACGCGGAGAACAAGCCGCCGACGCACCGCGAAGGUACCACAAUCGACAGCCACUCGUGGGAGCACCUGCCGUCCACCGCGGGUAUCAGAGUGGCAUGGAGCCAGGUGUAUUCGUCGUCGGAGCCGAGGACUCCGUCACCGGAGCCAGAGAGACCGGAGCCGGGAACGAGCCGCAGCAAAAAGGGCAAACCUCGAGUCGACGCAAAGCUGGAAAGCCGGCCGAUCGUAAAGCUGAACCGUCUCGAAGAGGUGGACCCGACGCUCAUCCUCGACUCGCGAACACGAGUGAGACCGAGCACCACAGUCGACUCUCGACGAGACGGCAGAGCGGAGAAGCGGAUCCGUCAGGGCGGAACCACUACUGAACCCGUGGGACGCGAGAGGAAAUCGAGCAGCCACCAACACCGAAAGGCCCAAGGUCGAACGAAGGCGCAGGAAACCGGGCGCCACAGGGAGCCACGAGACGUGUCACCCGGGGAGGCGACUCUGCUGCGUCUCGAGAUGGAGAGGCGGCGAAAGGCGAUGGCGGUAGCGGCGAAGAAAACGGGUUUCGGCCGUAUAUUCCGCCUCCUCUCGGACAGCGACCUCGACGACAACGCGAGUGCUGACGAGCCCACACCUGUGCCAGCCGCGGACGCGCCGGCAGGCGGGAGUGCUAUGCGGCAGCACGCAGCCGCAGGCGAAACGCCCGCCACCACCAGAAAGGGCGCCGAGGGGAUGUCGGGCGUCGAGAGCGGGGGAGGAGUGGAUGUCGAGCGGGAGCGGAGUCGACAACAACGCCAGGCCGACGAGCCGCCGAGGACGAGGCAGGAGGAGCCAGAGCAAGUGAGCGGGCGCUCACCGCGGAGGGAACAGCUCGGGGUGGCGGCCGAGGACGAGGAGGUCCCGAGGCCUAACCCAACCGAACCCUCCGCGUCGGAAGAACAUCGGCCGUCCGAACCGGAGACCGAGGGGGGUCGGCCGUCCGAACCCGGACCCCGGGAGAACGAGCCGACCCAACCCCAGGUCAGGAACAUCGAGGCCGACGUCACCGCCGAGCCGGGCGAGAACGCGCCGCUCGCGACCGUCACCGCCAUCAAGGGGGAGGAGGCGACCGAGAGGAGCCCGCCAGGGGUGCUAGAGGCGCCAGCCGAGAGAACGAGAUCCCCAUCGCUGCUGACGGGUCGCGGAGCGUCGACGCCGGUGCCGGGGAGUGCAGCGCCGAUGACGGAGGAGACCGACGAGGAGGUGCCGGAUCUCGACCUAUCCGACGAGACGUGCGCGUCGAGUGCCGAGCAGUGA